CGUAGUCCCUCCCCCCCUGUCGCUGUAUGUGGACUGUGGAGGAUCGAAUCGAAGCUUUUAGGUUUUUGCGAAAUUAAGCAAAUUUUUAUUUAUUUAAAGGAUAAUUUCAGUGUCUGUUCUCGAGCUACUAUCGUAAUAAACAGCAAAAAUGGGGCGCCGCUCAAUAAAUACCACUAAAAGUGGGAAAUAUAUGAAUCCGACUGAUCAAGCGAGAAAAGAGGCAAGAAAAAAGGAACUAAAGAAAAACAAAAGGCAAAGGCAAAUGGUCCGAGCAGCAGUACUUAAAAUGAAAGAUCCCACACAGAUACUUGAGGAGCUUCAGAAAAUAGAUGAAAUGGAGUAUAAUGUACUACAACCAUCUCCGCUUAAUGAAAAGGUGCUGAAAGAAAAGCGGAAAAAGUUGAGAGAAACAUUUGACAGAGUUCUCAAGAUGUAUGAUAAAGAUGAACCAGAGAAAUGGGUAGAGUUGAAGCGUCAAGAAAUGGAGUAUGAAAAGAGACGUGCACAUCUAAUAUCAUACUAUGAAUCUGUGAAACAUGCACAGUCCGUCCAAGUUGAUGAUAUUCCGUUACCUACUUUACAAGUUCCUGAAAAUCUAAUUUACGGCAAUAUGCCUUCACAAAUACCUCUACCUGUGGACAGCACACACCCCAACAUGCCAGUCAAACCUAUAUUGAAAAAGGAUUCUGCAUAUAAAGAGCGCCCACAAGGCGUGGAGCCCCCAGGCGUGCCUCCGGGCCCGCCGCCAGACUUCAUGAUACUGCUGCUAGAAGCCUCUAAAGUAGACAAACCUUGCGACCGGAAGUCCCUGCGCUUCUCCGACAUGCCAGAUGAGGGCCCGCCUGGAGAAACUGCCCCAACCCCCCAAGUACCGCUACCGGUAGCCCCAACCAAGCCAACAGAGAACUAUGACGGCGAAGCGAUACCCGAGGAACACUUACCAGAACGACCUCCUUCACCCAAGCCGGCAACAGCCGCGCCUAAACCCACCUCGCUUCAACAGAGGAUGUUAGCGCUCUCUGGGCAGAAUAUAGACGACUUUAUGAAGGAAAUGGAGGAGGUACAUCGGAAGAGGGAGAGAGAUCGACGCGCCGAUUUGACUGCCAGAUUAAACGCACUGAAGAGAUCAGCGCCCGGUCGAGACAGCGAUUCGGACAGCGAGAACGAGAACGGACCACCACCCGCCAUGCUACCUCCACAAGCGCAACCACAACUGCAACCGCAACUGCAACCCAUGCAACCCAUGCCACCCAUGCAACCGAUGGCGAUGCCGAUGCAACCGCAACAAUUGCCGCCCGAUUUUGGGUUGGAACCACCCGGUGCCGAGAUGCGGCAGAUGCCGCCCCCGCUUAUGCCACCAGGUCUCCGGCCGCCCCCUCUGCGACCUAUGGGCCCUCCUCCGCUGCGCAUGCCUCCAGGCCCGCCGGCAGGUCGGCCGGGUGCCCCUCCAGGUCCCCCGCCAGGCUUGCCGCCGCGCGCCAUGUUGCGGCCCCCGGGCCCGCCGCCGGGGGCCCCUCCGCGCUUGCUGCGGCCGCUGGUCCCCCCGCCGCCGCCUAAAGCCAUGCCCCCCGUGUCUGUGCUCACUGCUGCGCCGCAGCUCUUACCGAAGAAGGAUGGGCCGCAAGGCGCAACGAUAUCAGCGAAACCUCAAAUCAGGAAUCUGUCUGCUGACGUCACUAGAUUCGUGCCAAGUGCGUUGCGAGUGAAGCGCGAGGACAAGAAAGGCAAGCCCGUGAAGUCGACGUUACACCGACAGGCCGAGGCUCCCAAACAGGCGCCCAGCAAAGACGACGCGUACAUGCAGUUCAUGAAGGAAAUGGAAGGACUCUUAUAGGAUAUUAUUAUAAUGUACAUAAUGCGGAUGAAGUCAAUAGGAAUAAAGAGUUUAAGACUAUUCUA